AUGCAGAUACUGGUACCGGCGAUCCCGAGCCUGAAGGCGAUUUCGCAGGAAGGCGACCUGGGACGCCAGAAGAUCAACCAGAUUACGCACUACGCCACGGUCCCGAUCGCAUUUCUGCAAUCGUGGGGCCAGCUCACGCUGCUUCGGCAGUCGGGAGUUCUGCCCGGGGUGGACUUCGGAUUCAACAUCGGCACACUGGCCAUGCUGGUUUCGAUGGUCGCCGGCACAAUGUUCCUGGUAUGGCUCGGUGAGCUCAUAUCCGAGCGCGGCCUUGGCAACGGCAUCUCGCUGAUAAUCUUCGCCGGCAUCGUCGCGAACUUCCCAACCGUUGUAGGCCAGGGACUGCUUGAGGGCGGUCAGGGGCAGGCGGCAGGACUUCUGGCGGUGGUCGCCCUGGGUUUCGGGAUCAUAUACGUGAUUGUGCUGUUCAACGAAGCUCAGCGACGCGUGCCGGUGCAGUAUGGCAGAAGCAUCUACCGCGGCGGACAGAUGCAGCGACACAUCAUCAUCCUGCCCGCAACAAUCUUCAGCUACUUCCAGAACCCACUGUCCGACUCGUUCUUCGCUAAACUGGCAAAGUUCUUCACGGACACUCUCGAUCCUUCCAAUCUUCCGUACUGGAUAGCGGUCUUCAUCCUGGUUGUCAUUUUCACGUUCUUCUACACGCUUGUAGUUUUCCAACAGCAAAGCCUUGCCGAGAAUUUACAGAGAAACGGCGGUUUCAUUCCGGGAAUCAGGCCGGGGAGGCCUACGCAGGAGUACCUGAACAGGGUAAUCAUCCGCAUCACCUGGGGCGGCGCGUUGUUCCUGGGGGUAAUUGCGAUUAUUCCAUUCUUCGUAACCUGGGUCACGGACGUUCGCGCGCUGACUCUCUCCAGCACCAGCCUGCUGAUAAUGGUGGGCGUGGCUUUGGACACUAUGAGACAAUUGGAAGCGCAGCUAUUGAUGCGCAACUACGAAGGGUUCAUCAGGUAG